GAACUGCAGCUUGCCCUGUCUCCCAGGCAGGCGCUGAGUCGCAGCCGCCCGCUAGGGGCUCGGGAAGGCGGGGCUCGGAUGCAGUCGGGACCUCCUCCUUGGCUGGGCCGCGGGCGGACUCCCAGACCCCGGGCACCGGGAGCCGGCGGGCUACCUGCGAGUCGAGUUAGCGUUGUCGCCGAACCGAAGUGAGAGGGCACCGGGAAGGGUCAAAGAGGGUGCUGAAGCGCUGGAGGGAGCUUCACGGACGCGAGCUAGGCACUGGCUCGCCUAAUUCGUCACUAAUCCGGCUUGCUGCUUCCCGGCCAGGCCCCGCUCGCCAUGGGGGAGGUGGAGAUCUCGGCCCUGGCCUACGUGAAGAUGUGCCUGCAUGCUGCCCGGUACCCACAUGCCGCAGUCAACGGGCUGUUUCUGGCGCCAGCGCCGCGGUCCGGAGAAUGCCUGUGCCUCACCGACUGUGUGCCCCUCUUCCACAGCCACCUGGCCCUGUCCGUCAUGUUGGAGGUCGCCCUCAACCAGGUGGAUGUGUGGGGAGCACAGGCCGGUCUGGUGGUGGCUGGUUACUACCAUGCCAAUGCAGCUGUGGACGACCAGAGCACUCAAGCAUCAAGCAGUCGUACAUCAAGCAUCCAGCAGGCCCGAUCCCCGCAGGCCACCUACAGGGAAAGGCCACAGCUGCGCCCACAUCUAUGAGACCUGGGAGGCCCAGCUCAAACGGAUGGGUUUUGUCCACAGUUGGCUCCUCACUCCUCUGAUCUUCCCUCUACACAGCCCUGGGCCCCUGGCCUUGAAAAUUGCUGGGCGAAUUGCAGAAUUCUUCCCUGAUGCAGUACUUAUUAUGUUGGAUAAUCAGAAACUGGUGCCUCAGCCUCGUGUGCCCCCGGUCAUCGUCCUGGAGAACCAAGGUCUCCGCUGGGUCCCUAAGGAUAAGAACUUAGUGAUGUGGAGGGACUGGGAAGAGUCACGGCAGAUGGUGGGAGCUCUACUGGAAGAUCGGGCCCACCAGCACCUUGUGGACUUUGACUGCCACCUUGACGACAUCCGGCAGGACUGGACCAACCAGCGGCUCAACACUCAAAUCACGCAGUGGGUUUGUCCCACUAAUGGAAAUGGAAAUGCCUGAGCCAGGGCCGGCAGGGUCCACAUCCAAUAAAGAGACUUGGGCUGAUGGGCA